UAGUCGGCCGGUCGGCGAGUGCGCGCGGGACGGCUUGUGCGCCAGAUCCUCCGCCCGGGAGCGCGCCGCGCCCAGUCACGCUUCCGAGAUAGGCUUCGUGACGUGGUGUGACCUGUGAGACGCGUCCGAGUACGGGAGUGACCGCCUUCUGGAGAGUCCGCCGCCGCCGCCACCGUCGCCAUGUCGGACGAGAAGGAGGGAGAGGACGUGACCAUCCAGGGCUUCGACAACCCCGUAUUCGAGGACGAUGAGAAGCCGGCGGCCAGCUCCUCGGACCACUCUGGCUCGGAAGCGGACGCCAGCGAGGCGGACAGCUCCACCAAGCCGUCCAGCGAAACCAAGAAGGAGCAGGAGGCCGUCGAUCUCGAGCUGGUCACCAUGACGCCAGAGAAGAACGGCAACGGUCUCAAAAGCAAGGACGCCGUCAUCGACAUCACGUACCACGACAACGGCGACACCAUGCCGCACGGCAACACCCACCGCAAGAUUAUCGGGGGAGAGAAGUACUACCCCGGCGGGAGGGAGACGCACACCAAGCAACGGUGGCUGUGCUGGGCCGGCAUUCUGUCGGCCAUACUGGCCGUCCUCAUCUUCAUCGUGCUCCUAUCCACUGGGACAUUCUCCGGCGGGACGGACGCAGCCGUCAACGCGACGGAGCAGGCCGCCCUGGAUGUGGAGCCAUCUAAAGAGCCAUCAGGAAGCUCAAGUGCUGUACGGCCACCACCCCCCGCACCAUUUAUUGAGAACGUGUUUACUGGCUCGAUGCGUCUAGACGAACCGUUCUCGGACGCGCUGAACGACGCGGAGUCGGCCGAGUACAAACAGCUCGCCUCCACCGUCGAGCGGGAGCUGGAGCUGGUGUACGCGGCAGAGCAGUGGCAGGAGGGCGCUGACGUGGGCCCCAUCCGCUCCAAGGUCACCGGAUUCUCUCCCGGCAGCGUGGUGGUCACGUACGACCUGGUGGCGGACCGCGCCACGCCGGGGACGCCGCCGGCCGAGGUCAGUGAUCGCCUCCAGCGUCGGCUGACCGAGUACUUCCUGCCGGCGGAGGACGCCGCCCCUCGCAGUCUCGCCGUCACUGACGUCACCGUUCAGCCGAUGGAGGACGCGUGCGCCUCGGGCCAGGCCGGGUGCUCCCACCAGUGCUCCUUCUCGCUGGUGGACGUCUCCUUCACCUGUCGGUGCCCGGAGGGUAUGCAGCUGGCGGCCGACAUGAAGACCUGCGGUGCGUCCGCACACGACGCUGACGAAGCAGCUAUCGAGCCAGAGUCAGAGUUGACUGUGGAGUCAGAGCCAGAGUCAACUGCUGAGCCUGAGCCAGAGUCGACCACAGAGCCAGAGCCAGAAUCUACUGCUGAGCCUGAACCAGAGGCAACCGCUGAGCCAGAGCCAGAAUCUUCUGCUGAGCCUGAGCCAGAGGCAACUGCCGAGCCAGAGGCAGAGUCAACUGCCGAGCCGGAACCAGAGUCAACUGCUGAGCCGGAACCAGAGUCAACUGCUGAACCUGAACCGGAGACAACUGCUGAGCCGGAGCCAGAGGCAACUGCUGAACCUGAACCGGAGUCAACUGCUGAGCCGGAGCCAGAGGCAACCGCUGAGCCAGAGCCAGAAUCUACUGCUGAGCCUGAACCAGAGGCAACUGCCGAGCCAGAGCCAGAGCCAGAGUCAACUGCUGAGCCGGAACCAGAGUCAACUGCUGAGCCGGACCCAGAGUCGACCGUGAAGCUAGAACCAGAGGCAACUGCUGAGCCAGAGUCAAAGGCAACUGCCGAGCCGGAGCCAGAGUCGACCGCGGAGCCAGAGCCAGAAUCAACUGCAGGGGAAGAGCCAAAGUCAGCUGCUGUGUUGCAUGCUGAUGAGAGUGGCUCGACCGAGGCGCCAACUGGCGGGUCGGGAGAUGAAAAUGGCGCCGUUGUGGCCGACGCCGCCCUCGUAGCGGAGGCGGCGACCUCUGAGGAACCGAAGUCAACUGCCGAGCCAGAGCCCGAGACCAGUGCGGAGCCGGAGCCUAAGACCAGUGCCGAGCCAGAGCCCGAGACCAGUGCCGAGCGGGAGCCCAAGACCAGUGCCGAGCCAGAGUCUGUGCCCAAGGAUCUGACUCUAGAGGAGAAGCUGCAGCUGGGGGCCGAGAUGGGCAUCAAGCCAGAGUGGGAGAACGGUGCGUUCGACGCGGGCGCCCCAGUCACCGACGCACCCGGUGCCAUGGAGCCGGAGGGCACGCCCGAGCCGGCGACACCCUUCGGCCAGGCCGACGUCAGCGAGGACGAGGUGCUGACGGAGCAGCUGGAGGACGUCAAGACAGACGCCCAGGCCGAGCCCGACCUGAACGAGGUGUCUGGCGAGCCGGUCAACCCGCCCACACUAGCUGAUGACGAGCUGCACCACGGUGUCAAGGACGAGGACGCCGAGCUGGUGGCCGUCAAGCGCGGCCGGGUGUUCGGCAAGCCGCUUGACAGGCAGGCUAAGGUGCUGGACGAGGUGGUGGAUGACAGCAUAGAAGCGCUGGAGCAGACCGGGGAAGGCAGCGGCGCGAUGAUUGAGGAGAUGGAGGCCACAGACCAAUCUCAAACACAUGCUGAUACUUUCUCCGAACUGGGGUCACAGGCGGAGACUACUCCUGAACCAGAGCCUCAGGCUGAGACCACACCUGAACCGGAGCCUCAGGCUGAGACCACUCCUGAACCGGAGCCUCAGGCUGAGACCACUCCUGAACCAGAGCCUCAGGCUGAGACCACUCCUGAACCGGAGCCUCAGGCUGAGACCACUCCUGAACCGGAGCCUCAGGCUGAGACCACUCCUGAACCGGAGUCUCAGGCUGAGACCACUCCUGAACCGGAGCCUCAGGCUGAGACCACUCCUGAACCGGAGCCUCAGACUGAGACCACUCCUGAACCGGAACCUCAGGCUGAUACCACUCCUGAGCCAAAGACCCAGGAUGAGACCACACCUGAGCUAGAGCCUCAGGCUGAGACCACACCUGAACCAGAGCCUCAGGCUGAAACCACUCCUGAACCGGAGCCUCAGGCUGAGACCACUUCUGAACCGGAGCCUCAGGCUGACACCACCCUUGAACCAAAGCCCCAGGAUGAGACCACACCUGAGCCAGAGCCCCAGGCUGAGACCACUCCUGAACCAGAGCCCCAGGCUGAGACCACCCCUGAGCCGAUGUCUAAGGCUGAGACCACUCCUGAACCAGAACCCCAGGCUGAGACCACUCCUGAAUCAGAGCCCCAGGCUAAAACCACACUUGAACCAGAACCCCAGGCUGAGACCACACCUGAGCCAGAACCCCAGGCUGAGACCACACCUGAGCCGAUGUCUAAUGCUGAAACCACUCCUGAACCUGAGCCUCAGGCUGAGACCACACCUGAACCGGAACCCAAGAUCGAGACAACACCCGCACCCGAACUGGAGCCUCAGGCAACAACAACACCCGAGCCAGAACCUCAGGCGGACGCAGGCCUUAAGGCUGAGACAAAGCCGGAACAGGAGUCUCAGGGUGAGACCGCAGCUGAGCGGGAGCCGGCAGCGGCGCCAGCAGCCCCGAGCCAGGAGGAGCCGGCUGCCGCCCAGGCGGCAGCCGAGGCGGCCAGCCCGCCAGCGGAGGCGGACUCAGGGCAGCGGCGCAGGCGGAGGCGGUAGUGAGGCCGGGGAGCAGCGGGUGUGCAGUGGAACGGACACCAUGUGAUACAAAUGAGCGCGCGCGCCAGUACUGAAGGGAAACCUGAGACAGGCAUGCCCCGAUCGUCGUGGCAAGGUCGCUUCCCGCCCGGGAGGGCCGGGCGCCUGGCUUGACGUGAAGUCUGACGAGAAGUGAGCGCGGCGAGGUCAGAGUUAGUGCGCUGAGCGCAUGCGAUUCAGUGAGCCUGGUGUGACGCGAGUCCUGUAGCUUGUGAUGCAGUGGAAUAUGUGCCUUUCUUUCUGUAACGCUGGCGGCAGUAUAUGUAUGUGUACAUAUGAGCGUGCUAGUAUGAACUGAACAUAGUGACAUUCCAGAGCCGGUGUGUGAAGUUGGAUGGCUCGCCUGCGCAUGUUGGCCGCCACUUGACCUUCGACUGCGAGCAUGAGCCGCGCGCCGGCGUGAGCCGAGCCAGACUCCUAGUGGCCCCGAGCGCAGUUGGAGUGGUCCUCGGCUGCUGACGCCACUCGUCGGAUAAUUGACGGCUCUGUCAGUGCCCGGGCCAGCGCGGGUGCACUGGUCAGGACGGAGCACGGCGGGCACGCUUGUUGCCUAAUAAAACAAUCAGCCGGU